AGCCAAUGCUUGACGGGCUCCUGAACCCCAGCUCAAACUACAACGCGAGCUUCUGCUAUAAUGUGUCUCGUGGCACAUUUGUCACGGUGGAAUGCGAGUAUCCGUUUGCUUAUUAUGUGGAAAAUGCGCUCUAUCGCACAGUUUUUGGAUGUUUCUUUCAUUUGAUUGAGGUCUUGCUCCUGGGAGCUCUGUGGUUUUGUAAUAUUUGGAUUCAGAGGGAUUUUACGGAAGCCUACAUGUCAAGCGUCGCAGUACCUCUAAGCAUUUCCACCGUCAUGAAAAUCGCCACCUACGUCUGGAAUUUACUGUAUCCACGUGGUGAUAUAGAGAAAAGUUGGCUCAUUGAUAUGGCAUACGCGACAAGUGUCACUACAGCACAAAUGACAUUAAUUAUGGGACUACCAGUGUUAUUAUUCAUGGCGAUGAGGAUGGGGACCUCCCGGAAGCAGAACUACGGGUGGUGUACUUGGAUCCCAUUUCUCCUGAUCCUCAUCCUAUCGUUCCCCAUCUCUGCAGUGUUCAAUAUGCUCAACAAAGCUGACUACGCGGCUCCAUCUCUUGUUGCAAUUUUGGCUCUUAUUAUAAUUUCCCUCGGCUUUAUGUUUGCCUUUAUCGGAAUGGGAUGUAUGACUUUUGCCUGCUGUGCCGGCAAAAAAAUCGCCAUGGAUAUGCUAGACCCCGUGAUUUAUGAUGCUCGGAGUCGGUUGGGAUGGGCUAUGCUCUUUUCGAUUUUCGCACCGAUCAGUGUUUAUCCGUGCUUUUACUGCUUCGUGUCUCUGGCGUUUUUCCUAAACCUCUCCGAUUCUAAUGAGCUUCUGAGUAAUGAGAUGGCCACCAGAGUCUGGAGCUUCUUCUUCGGACCCACCGUACUCAUAUUCACCUUCCUGAUUCUUCCCUCCUAUCGGGACACCAUCAUGUGCGGCUGCAAAUAUCGCCGAUUCCAACAAAAAAUCCAAAUGAGCCAGUUGGCAGCACCUGCUGCCCAGGGAGUCACUCCGCAAAUCAGGAUCUCGGAGCCAGAAAAGCUUCCCGUCGAGUUCAUCAAGGAGCCCGAGCAGAAAGUCCCACUGGAGCCACUCUUCAUACCAAGUGCUGAGGCCAAGCGUCCAAGGCCAGCCUACCCAGUUCAGAAUUUCCCGGAUAAAUAUUAAUUGUUAACCUGAACCCGUUUUUCGCAACAAUUGUAUGAUAUAAUGUCCCAUGUCACAUAAAGUUACUCAAUUUAA